UGUUAGAUAAUGGAUCACAAGCAUUCGCGCUUCUCAUCAUCACAAUCUGCUCCUCCUUUCUCCCACUCGGCAAAACCCUUAUCAUCAACAGUUCCAGAGAACGAUGAAGCUACUGUGUGUUCCUUCUCCCACUCGGUUGACCCCAUGGACGUCGUUUUCUCCGCUAUCCGUGGACUGUAGGCACUCAGGAUAGUGAGCACCGGUGCUUCAUUGUCAGUAGCCACCGCUUCCUUUCUUCUUUGGUGCGACCUACUGUUCAUCUCGUUCCUAUAUAAGGGCGUACGGGAGGGAAUGGCCUCUCGCACUCUCCGGAUCCGGAGCCUUCUUCUUGCAUGGCGCUGGUGAGUCGACUCGAGGAUUCAACACAGGAUCAACAAUGGUUAUAUGGCAGGUCUAAUUACCAUCACCGAUACAUUUAUUCCCAGGUGUUGCAUGCCACGAGAACGAACAAGAACGGGAUCAAAGCACUCAUUGCAGCUGAGUACAGUGGGGUUGAGAUCGAGAUGGCCAAGAACUUCCAAAUGGGUGUAUCCAACACCACUCCUGAGUUCCUUAAAAUGAACCCUAUAGGCAAGGUUCCUUUGUUGGAGACACCUGACGGUCCCAUCUUCGAGAGCAAUGCAAUAGCUCGUUACGUUGCUCGCUUGAAGGCUGACAACCCUCUUUAUGGCUCUUCACUCUUCGAAUAUGCCCUGAUCGAGCAAUGGAUUGACUUUGCAUCCACGGAAAUCGAUCCUAAUAUCGCACAGUGGUUCUAUCCAAGACAUGGGCUUAAGCCUUACUUUGCUGCGGCUGAGGAAGCUGCAGUGCGUGCGUUGAAGAGGGCACUGCGUGCUCUGAACACCCAUCUCGCAUCGAAAACUUACCUUGUCGGUCAUUCAGUGACCUUGGCUGAUAUUAUCAUGGCGUGCAACUUGUAUCUUGGAUUCCUCUGUAUCAUGACCAAGAGCUUCACUGCAGAAUUCCCUCAUGUCGAGCGAUACUACUGGACCAUGGUCAACCUGCCAAACUUCCGCAAGGUGUUGGGUGAGGUGAAGCAGGCGGACGCUGUUCCACCUGUGCCGUCUCAGAAGAAGCCAGCUGAAGCUGAAGAACCGACUCAAGAACCUGUUCGGUCCAAGGUGGAAGAAGAAGUCGCGGAGAAGGUAGAGGAAUUGGAGCAAGGAAAUAAGUUGUACCAGUGGACCAAGGUUGACAUUUCUGACGAGGGAAACAGGGAGAGUGUCAACGCCAUGAUCGGGGAGGAAGACGCCUUCGAAGGAGAAGCUCUACCAGAUGCGAAGUGCUUCGAGUAACCUGUACUGAGUUUACCCUGUCAGUGCAUGUAGACAUCUCGGUCUAACCUCCUCAAGCAGGAGGUUCAAGCAAUAUACAAAUGAAGUCGUAAAGAUGAAUAA